AUGUGCUGCGGCAUGAAGAACAACGCCACCGAGCUCGUCAACUACUCCAAGGCCACGGUUUGGCAUGCGGCUGCAGCAAUGGCUGGUGGUCUGUCGACUUGGACUACUUCUGCCCUCACUGCCUGGUACCCCGAUGCACCAACUGCCAGUAUGCCGCUCAAGGAUAGCGGCAUUUGGCCAUGGCUGAUGGUGGAAAACGACCAACAAAACCGGACGACAAUGGACUGA